AUGGUAAAAUUCCUGACAGACUGUUUCAGAGACUUUGUUGCAUUUUCAGAGUGUGCGUAAAGAUCUAACACCUUCUCAAACUGCUGGAAAUACACCAGUUCCGCAACCACCACGAACUGAUAACUCGACUCGAACUGCCAAGGAUUUUUCGCUCAGAAGUCCAAUUGCACCAGCUGGAAGUACACCAAUUCCUCGAGAAUCUUCUAGCAGAGGAGCUACUCCAGGAGCUCCGGUUGAUCCGAAACAGUUGUCUGGAAGAGGAGCGACACCGGGGGCUAAACAACUUUCCGGUCGAGGAGCUACUCCUGGUGCUCCAUCUUCUGGACGUGGAGCAACGCCAGGAGCUCCUGCUGGAGUUAAACAACUCUCAGGCCGCGGAGCAACUCCAGGCGCCCCAGCUCAACAAUUAUCUGGUCGCGGAGCAACUCCUGGAGCUCCAACAUCUGCCAGAGGAGCCUUGAAGCCAAACACAGCACAAAGAUCAGCUCGCGGAGCUCCACCAACAGCUGUAGCACCUGGUGAGUUUCGUAUUUCAUUUCAGAGCUUUGCAAAUCAAAUGUUUCAGAAAAACCUGCUGAAGAUGGAAUCAUUGAUACAAUUUGGAAAACUAUCAUCACAACAAUUUUGGCGAUUUCCGAUUUUCUCAACUCGAUUUUCGACGUAAUUUCUAAUAACUUUCUCCCCAUACUACAAUUUUCACCAAUAUUUUUCUAGACAAUCGCUGACAUCUGCGUAAAAAUCUGGCGUGUUAUUAUGUUUGUCUGGCGAAAACCACAUCACACCAAAGAACUCAUCACCACAACUUUCCACCUGAUUCGUGUUUCAUAUGACGCUGAAAUUUGGUCAUGGACUGAAAUUUUCGAAGUUAUCAAAAACACUUUGAUUGCACCAAUGACCAAAGGACCGCCACCAUCAAAGGCCGAUAAAAAAGCGGCAGCAAAAAAAGUGAAAUGA